UAUAACGUCGACCACCAACAUCUAAUGUUAACAAUGGGUGACGAAAAUGAAUUAGAAUUGUUGCACAAGCUUGAUAGACUGAAAGAUAUAAGAACAAAGACAAUCAACCUUGAGCGGAUCAAAAGCAAGUUGCGAUCGGAGUUUGACCUGACAGAGAAUGAAGAGAAGUUAAUAUCCGAGUACAAGCGAGAGAUGGAGCUCCUCCUGCAGGAAAAGAUGGCUCAUGUAGAGGAACUCCGUCUCAUACAUGCUGACAUCAACUUGAUGGAAGGUACGAUCAAACAAGCCGAGGAGGAAAGGAACCGGUCCCUGGACACUGCCAAACAGCUGUACGAGGAUUACCGGCCCCUCAAGACAGAGGUUGACUCCCUUCGGGGACGAUUGGGGCUUCAACCUCUGCCAGACAUUCAUGAUGAGGAUGAAAAUAUUACACCACAGUAUUUUGAUCGGCCAAGGCAAGAGUUGCCAGCAGAGGCAUCAUCAAAUUUGUCUGAACCACAGCCUCCGAUGAUACAGAUGGCCCCCCAAGCCCCGCCUCCUCUUCCUGUCCAGAUGUCACGCCCAAAACCACCCGAACAGCCCAGACAGGCAUUCAGGCAACAACCCCCUCCAAUGAAGGCAUGUCUCUCCUGUCACCAGCAGAUCCACAGGAAUGCCCCCAUCUGUCCACUGUGUAAGGCCAAGAGCCGUUCACGCAACCCCAAGAAACCAAAGAGAAAACUUGAUGAAUAGCUUGUUAUAUAACCAUGGUUUUUUUAGCUCACCUUAGUACGAAGUGCUCAAGGUGAGCUAUUGUGAUCGCCCUGUGUCCGUCGUCAACAAUUUGACUGUUAACACUAUAGAAGGCACAAUUUGGGCACAAUCUUAAUGAAACUUGGUCAGAAUGUUACCCUCAAUAAAAUCUUGGAUGAGUUUGAUAUUGGGUCAUCUGGGGUUAAAAACUAGGUCACCAGGUCAAAUUAAAGGAAAAGCUUGUAAACACUAUAGAGGUCACAUUUAUGACUGUAUCUUCAGGAAACUUGGUCAUUAUGUUAAUAUUAAUAAUCUCUAGGUCGAGUUCGAAUCUGGGUCAUGUGCGGUCAAAAACUAAGUCACCUGGUCAAAUUUAAGGAAAAGCUUGUUAACAAUCUAGAGGUCACAUUUAUCAAUGUUUCUUCAUGAAAGUUGGGCAGAAUGUUUAUGUUAAUAAUCUCAAAGUCAAGUUUGAAUCCGGGUCAUCUGGGGUUAAAAACUAGGUCACCAGGUCAAAUUAAAGAAAAAGCUUGUUAAGACUAUAGAGGUCACAUUUAUGACUGUAUCUUCAGGAAACUUGGUCAUUAUGUUAAUAUUAAUAAUCUCUAGGUCGAGUUCGAAUCUGGGUCAUGUGCGGUCAAAAACUAAGUCACCAGGUCAAAUUUAAGGAAAAGCUUGUUAACAAUCUAGAGGUCACAUUUAUCAAUGUUUCUUCAUGAAAGUUGUUCAGAAUGUUUAUAUUAAUAAUCUCUAAGUCAAGUUUGAAUCCGGGUCAUGUGUGGUCAAAAACUAGGUCAUUAGAUCAAAUCAUAGAAAAAGCUUGUUAGCACUCUAGAGGUCACAUUUAUGACCGUAUGUUCAUGAAACUUAGUCAGAAUGUUUAUAUUGAUUAGCUCUAGGCCAAAUUCGAAUCUGGGUCAUGUGCAGUCCAAAACUAGGUCACCAGGUCAAAUAAUAGGAAAAGCAUGUUAACACCACAUUUAUGACCAUAUGUUCAUGGAACUUGAUCAGAAUGUUAUUCUUGAUGAUCGUCUUAAAUCUGUUUUAAUUAAGUCCCCUCUCAGUGCACUUUCCAUCGCCCUGAAAAACACUUAUUCCCUCCCCCUGUCACAAUUGCCCUCGCCCUGAAAACACUUAUUUCACACUUGAAUUGGAUCAGGUGAGCGAUACAGGGCCUUCAGGGCCGUCUUGUUUUUCGUUAAUCUUGCAAAGAAAGCAAGAGCACCACAGAGUGAAUUCCAAUGCUUGUCCAUUUUGUAGUGUUGUUUUUUACUUGAAACAGGGCCAUAACUCAGCAAUUAUUGAAGUCAGAGUUAUAGGCCUUGCUUUUCAUGUGUGUGUUGUCUGUGGCAACAUGUGUACCAUGUCAUUUGAAUUAUUUCUUUGUUUAGUUGUGGCCAAUGUUGGGGCAUCGUAUUAUAAUUGAUCAGCAUGUAUCAAAGAAUCAAUUUUGGAAUAUUUAGUUGUUGGUUGUAAUGAGAUUAUAUGUGGGGCUGAUAAAAUUGUUUGGAUAUUCUUUGUAAAAUCUUAGCAUAUUUUCUAUCACUAGUUAGCUCCACUGGCCGAAGGCCAUGGAGCUUAUGUCGUCACAGAUUGUCCGUCGUGAGUUCGUGCGUGCGUGCGUGUGUAAACUUUUACUUUAAACGACAUCUCCUCUGAAACUGAUAAGCGGAUUUUGACAAAACUUCACAGGAAUGUUCCUUUGGUGGUCCUUUACCAAAAUUGCUCAAAUGGUUCCGGUCCAUUGCACAAUAUGGCCGCCAGAGCUAAAAAUAGCAAAAUCUUUAAACGACAUCUCCUCUGAAACGGUUCGGCAGAUUUUGAUGAAACUUGACAGUAAUGUUCCUUGGGUGGUCCUUUAUUAAAAUUGCUCAAAUGGUUCUGGUCCAUUGCACAAUAUGGCCGCCACAGCUAAAAAUAGCAAAAUCUUUAAACGACAUCUCCUCUGAAACGGAUAGGCAGAUUUUGAUGAAACUUGACAGAAUUGUUCCUUGGGUGGUCCUUAACCAAAAUUGCUCAAAUGGUUCCGGUCCGCUGCACAACAUGGCUGCCAGGGCAAAAAAAUAGAAAAAACCUUUAAAGAACAUCUUCUCAGAAACCGAUGAUCAGAUUUUGAUGAAACUUAAGAGAAAUGUUCCUUGGAUGGUCCUUUAUCAAAUUUGCUUCAAUGGUUUCGGUCCACUGCACAAGAUGACCCCCAGAGGUAAAAAUAGAAAAACCUUUAAACGACUUCUCCUCAGAAACCGAUGAUCGUAUUGCAAUGAAACUUGACAGAAAUGUUACUUGGGUAGUCCUUAACCAAAAUAGCCCAAACAGUUCUGGUCUGCUGCACAACAUGGGCACCAGAGCUAAGAAUAGAAAAAAACGUUAAACUACAUCUUCUCAGAAACCGAUUAUCAGAUUUUGAUGAAACUUUACAUAAAUGUUCCUUGGGUGGUCAUUAACCAAAAUUUGUUAAAUGGUUCCAGUCCACUGCACACCAUGGCUGCCAGAGCUAAAAAAUAAAAAAAACUUUAUACGACUUGUCGUCGAAACCGAUGACCUUUUUUCGAUAAAACUUGACAGAAAUGUUUGUUUGGUGCUCCUUUACUCAAAUUGCCCAAAUCAUUUCGGUCCACUGCACAACAUGGCAGCCAGAGCUAUUAAAGUAAAAAAUUUUUUUAAAUAACUUCUCCUCAAAAAUUGAUGAUUGUAUUUCUAUGAAACUUGACGAAAAUGUUCGUUAGGUGGUCUUUGCUUGAACCUUUUGGCCAGUGGAGCACAGGCACUGAUGUGCCUCUUGUUUUAUUAUGGCAAAGAACUGAAUUUCUCCUAAUUGGUGGAAUGCUGGAUGAUAUGAUGGCCAUAGUGAGUUUUUAUUUUCAUAUUUUUAUGCCCCCGAAGGUGGGCAUAUUAAAAUCGCACCGUCCGUCCAUCCGUGUGUCCGGCUCAAUAACUCGUGUCCGGGCUGUAACUUUCACUUGUAUGGACAGAUUUUAAAAUAACUUGCCACAUGUGUUCGGCAUACCAAGACGACGUGUCGGGUGCAAGAACCGUGUCCCUACCUCUAAGGUCAAGGUCACACUUAGGUGUUUAUUCACAAUGGAGUGCUGCAUAUAAUGACAGAGUAUAGAUUGUCGUGUCCGGGCUGUAACUUUCCCUUGUAUGGACAGAUUUUAAAAUAACUUUCCACAUGUGUUCGGCAUACCAAGACGACGUGACGCGUGCAAGACCUGUGUCCCUAUUUCUUAGGUCAAGGUCACACUUAGUGUUUAUUCACAAUGGAAUGCUGCAUGUAAGGACAUAGAGUAUAGGUUGUCGUGUCUGGGCUGUAACUUUCCCUUGUAUGGACAGAUUUUAAAAUAACUUGCCACAUGUGUUCGGCAUACCAAGACGCGUGAUGCGUGCAAGACCCGUGUCCCUACCUCUAAGGUCAAGGUCACACUUAGGUGUUUAUUCACAAUGGAGUGCUGCAUAUAAGGAUACAGAGUAUUGGUUGUUAUGUCCGGGCUGUAACUUUUUCUUGUAUGGACAGAUUUUAAAAUAACUUGCCAUAUGUGUUCGACAUACCAAGACGACGUGUCACGUGCAAGACCCAUGUCCUUACCACUUGUGAAAGCUACACUUAGUGUUUAUUCACAAUGGAAUGCUGAAUAUAAGGACAUAAGAAUGUAGGUUGUCAAGUAUGGAUGGUAUUUUUUAUGUUCAGAGGCAAUUUAAAAUAACUUGCGAUAUAUAUGUAUUUCUUUGAUCUUUAACUUUUCAUGACAUUGUACUGACCUUGUUCAUAGGUCAAUGUCACAUUCGGGGGCAUUCGUCACAUACUGUGACAGCUCUUGUUUUUGUUGUAAAUGUAAUGUAAUAUAGAAAUUAAAAAAGAAAGAGAUA